GCCGUCCACGUGGGGAACUCAGAGCCAACUACUACGAGCUACGAGCAUACAUAACGACCCUCAGUGCAAUCCCGGGGAAUAUUAUCCUCACAGUCUGUGCAUUCUGCCUGAUUUCCGGGGGCAUCGAAGUGAACCCUGGAUGGUCCUGAUGUUCUGUGUGACUUUCGGGAUUUCAGCUCCGCUUCAAGAUACAAAUACGGCUUGUUUAUUGCUGCCCAUCGAGUGUUCCUCUGCAUCACUUCCCAUCUAUCACGAUUACUACCACACACUCAACAGAACCCUCUCGCUAGAGAAUCACAAAAACAAGCCACCACCAUGGGCGUGAUCAACCCCAACCCCGAGACCCAGACCCAGCCGCAGCGGCCCUCCUUCAACCGGCUCCUCUCGCUCGACUCCCCACCCCCAUCCCUGCCGGACUUCCAGCGCCUCUGCGCCCAAACCACCGACGGCGCCCUCUACCCGCACGCGACGACCAUCACCAAAAACAUCCCCAUCUACAGCACGCGCACCCUCAGCCUGACCGAUCCCGACGACCUCACCACCGUCCAGAACGAAUGGUACCACAUCCUCUCCGAAGGCCCCGGGAUCUUCGUCCUCCAACACUUCUACGACGUGGAAGACGACCACCACCGCCCGAUUCUAACCGCCACCACCGCCGCCUUCAACCGCAUCAUCGCCCACGAAGCCGCCACUUCCGCCCGAAAAGGCGACCACUUCUCUUCCGGCCACAACGCCCGCAUCUGGAACAGCUUCAGCAAGCACGCCUUCGCCGACCCCCCCUCCUUCGUCGCCUACUACUCCAACCCGUGGCUCCGCGCCGUCAGCGAAACCUGGCUCGGCCCGGGCUACCGCCUCACCGCACAGGUCAACAUCGUCCGGCCCGGCGGCCAGGCCCAGUCCCCGCACCGCGACUACCACCUCGGCUUCCAGGACGACGGCCACUGCGCCCGCUUUCCGCGGGGCAUGCACGCCGCCAGCGCGUUCCUGACGCUGCAGGGCGCCGUCGCCCACUCCGAUAUGCCGGAGCGCAGCGGGCCGACGCGCUUCCUGCCGUUCAGCCAGCGCUUCGAGGCCGGGUUCUUGGCCUGGAGGCGCCCCGAGUUCCGCGAGUUCUUUGAGCGCGAGUAUGUGGCGCUCCCGCUGAGGGAGGGGGAUGCCGUGUUCUUUAAUCCGGCGGUGAUGCAUGCGGCCGGCGAGAAUUGUUUGGGACCGGAGAGUGGGUUUGAGCGGCGGGCGAAUCUUUUGCAGAUUGGCUCGGCGUUGGGGAAGACGAUGGAGCGCGUGGAUGUUGUGCCGGUGGUGGAGGCGGUGUGGGGGGAGGUUCGGAGGCGGUUUGAUGGUCAUGGUCAUGGUCAUGGUGAGGCUGACGCCGGGAAGGAGGAGGAGGAGCUGGAUGCGAAUUGGGAGGCGUUUGUCCGGGCGCUCGGCGAGGGGUAUCCGUUCCCCACGAACCUGGAUCGUAGGCCGCCGGCGCCGAACGGCAUGGCGCCGGAGAGUGAGCAGGACUUGAUUCGGAGGGGUCUGUUGGAGGGCUGGGGGACGGAGGAGAUGGUCGCUCGGUUGCGCCAGUUGCAGGAGGAUGAGAGGGGCCAUCAGUCUCUCUGACUGUACCACCGUACAAGCUCUGCGGUAGGGAAAGUGACCAUGAUCAAGUAGCGAAUUAUCU